AUGAAUUAUACAGAAGAGCAGACAACUGAACUGGAUUCUCUUGGUUAUAUCUUUCCGGAUGAGCUCACUGUUAUGGACCAAGGUCCGCCUGCCACUUUCCAGAUCACUUGCAAGUUGGACAAUGAGGAAUUACUGGGUCUGCUCAAGAUGCAUGCUCUGGCUCAAGGAUUAACAGUUCAUGAAGACUAUCAGGAAACUCUUGACGAAAGUGAUGAGGAUGAAUACGCUACUCACCCACACAUGGUUCCCACCGAUACAUCACAUGGUGGCAAGGACGAUGAGCAGAGUGAAGGUGUAGACGACACUGUGUUCCAUCAUCCCACUUUUGCAAUCGAGUUUACAUACACACCAACAUACCCAGAAGAACUGCCAUUAUUCAAACUGGUUCAGGUGAAGGGUAUCUGUGCAGAAGACCGUCAAAUCUUGUACGAUAAGCUUUUAGCACACGGAUCUGAAUCCUUGGGAAUGGGAAUGAUCUUUGCCAUGGUAUCGCAUGGCAAGGAGCAGAUUGAACAGCUGCUAACAAGCCGCAUGCUACGCGAGGAACAUGAUCGAGAACAGAGAAUUCUUGCAGAGGAAGAGGCUGAUCGAGAGCGGUAUCGAGGAACACUGGUUACUCCCGAUAGUUUUUCGGCAUGGAGGACCAAGUUUUUGGAAGAAGCUCGUCAGCUGAAAAAAGCAGGUGCCAAGUUGUCCAUUUCUCAUGCUGCUGCACUGGCGAUUGAUCUAAAUGCAAGCAACAAGGCCUCUGGGAAGCUUACUGGACGACAAAUGUUUGAACGUGAUCAGACAUUGGUGUCUUCGGAUGUGCAAUUUAUGGAAGAGGGUGACGUUGUUGUGGACGUUGAACUGUUUGAUGGAUUGGAGAUUGACAAUGAUAGUGCUGAUGGCGGUGACAAUGAGGUUCUUGCCGGAUUUACUGAAGAUGACUGA